GAUUCAUAUUUCCGAGGCUGUUAUUUGUGUUCUGGACUCAACUGGCUGGGCUAGGCAGUUAGGAAGGACCGAAUAGCAAUCAAGACUGCUCGUACGUAUUUUCCGUAUCAUUGCACGUUUCAUAUACAAUAACGAUUGUUAUACGUUUAUAACAAUUGGCGACGGGGACAAAAGUGAAAAAUGACGCUCCCUUCUGACCGCUUACAGUUGCUCUUUGACCGACAUUUGGAGUUCAUGGUCAAACUACGUACACAGUUUCUGGAUCAUCAAUGCUUCACAUAUGCGUCAGAAGUGGAUGUAUUAAUCUCUGAAUUGCACACAGAGCUAGCAAAUGAUCGCAGCCCCCAUGAUUCCUCGACCAGCCGCAACUCAAACGAAACAGCAGUCUCUCAAGAGACGCCCGGUUGUCCAGCACUCUCCAUUUCAGAAACGUGCCCGGUAGUGGAUUCAAACACCACUAUCCCUGAAUUAGCAGGUCCUAACAAUGACGCUUUCAGCUCUCAUCAAUACGAUGCUAUGUUAAAAGCCCAUAAAAUGGUCGCACCAAUCGCCCACAGAGUACCAGAGAUCAUAUCAAGCGGUUCAACGAGCGAAUCUCAUUCUGCAAUAGAAAUGUCUACCGAAUCUAGUGAUAAAGAUUCCCAAGCUUGUCCAGAAAUUUUGUUACAUGCAUCAAAUCUGGAACCUAGCGCAGUUUUGGUGGACGCUGUUUAUCAUACUGAUCCACAACCUGCCAUUGAUGUUUGCAAUAAGUCUGAUGACUACAUUUCUGCAGAAUCAAAUUCUGACCUCACAUCAAAUGUCGAUCCUCACCAUCCAGUCAAUCUUAACGGGUUCCCUAUGGAAUACCAGAAACAUGUUAUAACUAGAAUCGCAUUAAUAGAAACUUGGGUAUAUGAGGAUCCAACACUAUUUCGUGGGGGAGGAGGAGCUCGAAAAAAAAAAUUAAAAUCCGGAUAUCAACUCCGGAUUUCUCAAAAAGGGGAGGUGUUAUAUCCCCUGGUGAAUCAUGAAUGGUAAAUCUGAGGUCUAUUAUGGACAAAGGUAAUAUGCCUAAUUCCUAUUGUUUAGUUGUUAAAUAACUGACCUAAUUGUAUUCGUGUUCCUCUUACCGUAACCUUAUUUUGACCUUUGAACUAUUAUUAUUGAUUACUUUCCCCCUAUCCAUAGCCACAUUGGCCAAUUACUGUACAAAUGUUAUUUUUCUAUUUUUUGGUAUAAUUGGGUCUGUUUGGUUAGUAUAUAAACCCAGUAUGCUUGUGAAUAAUGAUUCAUAUUUCCGAGG